CAGUACAGAUGGUUGUACAUUGUUGAGGUCUAGAUAUGGAGGUAGAUGAGAUCGGUACAAUGGUGACAGGUAGCUGGGUCCUGUCCAUACAGCCAUCACUUGUAUGGGGAUCGUCGGGAAGCAGUCUGACAGCAUUCAUAUUGCAGGUACAUGGAUUUGACGUCAGCACCAUCAACUCAGUUCAGUUUUCUAAUCACACAGGGUAUGGAAAAUUCAAAGGUCAAGUCUUAAACGACCAAGAUGUCACUGACCUCUAUGAGGGUCUCAAGGUCAACAAUUUACUGCAAUUUUCACAUAUUUUAACAGGGUACAUAGGUUCAAAGUCAUUCCUAGAAAAAGUUAAAGAAAUAAUUCAAGAACUCAGAAGUCAUAAUCCUAGUCUAAUAUAUGUGUGUGAUCCUGUUAUGGGGGACAAUGGAAAAAUGUAUGUUCCAGAAAACUUGCUGGAUGUUUACAGAGAGUCCAUCGUUCCUUUAGCAGACAUUGUAACACCCAACCAGUUUGAACUAGAACUUUUAUCAGGGUCCAAAGUAACAAAUGAGAGUGAGGCUCUAGCAGCAAUGGAGAUGCUGCACAACAAGGGGGUGAAGACCGUCGUCCUUAGCAGCAGUAGCCUCGGCAGGGAUGGGGUGCUCAUCUGUCUUGCCAGUUCAAACAGAGAUGGAGCUAAGGAAUGCUACCGUAUAGAAAUACCACUGUUGCCAGCCAUCUUUGUUGGAACUGGUGAUCUGUUUGCCGCGUCACUCAUGGUAUGGAUGCAGAAAGACAACAGUCUCAAGGUUGCAUUUGAGAAGACGAUAUCUACUGUACAGGCUGUGAUAAGGAGGACACUAGACUAUGCCAAAAAGGUUGCAGGUGAGAAUAUGAAACCAACUCCAGCUCAGAUGGAGCUGAGGCUGGUGCAGAGUAAAGAUGAUCUGGAAAAUCCAGAGAUACUGUACACCGCAGAACUGUUCUCGUGAUGAUGACCCCCAGAUAGGAGGAUCAAACACCAGACAGUGACACUUCCUACUGUGCUAUCAUUGUUUGUAUAUUCUUUACAAAGAAAUUGAACAAAUUUGUGAUGUUUGAAAGCUGUUAUUUAUGUGAGAAUGUGAUUUGGAUAGAUAAAAAGACUAUUUACCCAAGACUUUCAUAUUAAUCAACAGAUAUCACAGAUAUAUAGAUAAAUCAGAAAUAUUAUACAAAGAUAAGACCACUUUCAUAUUGUCUUAAAGGUUUUCAUGGGCAUUUUUUCAUGUUUCUUACGGAUGUAUAGUAUAUUGGCCCGGAUUGACUUGAGCUUAAGAAUUAACAAAAUAUAUUGUUUGUUUUAUGGGAAAUAUCAAGAAGCAAGCUGUUUAGGAAAAAGGGAAUUACUGCAUGAUCUCAAAGGAAAAAUUAUGAAAUCUUUUUUCUUAUAAAACGCUGUUAUGCACAGAACUAAUGUCUAUGACAUGCUUAAUUUCUUUGAAAGACAAUUUUGUAUUUCUUUAGACACAAGAACGUUUUUCUAUUUGAACAAUGUCGAUAUGUGCUUGCAUGACUUGACAUCAGACAUGACUAUUAUAUUCUUUCACAAGUUUAAGGUACCUUUCACAAUCAUUACACAAAAGUAACAUGAUGAAAUGAUAAAAAAAGGCAACAAGAACCAUGGUGAAAACAGCUCAGUUUUCAUAAUUUUGUGUUUACCAACAUAUUGUUUCAGCAAUGUCUUAAGAAAGACACAAUCUGGUAUGGACCAAUGAUUCUGAAGCUUCCAUUUGAAUUAGUCACUAAUGAAUUAAAUCUAGAGUAACCUCCCCUUCUUCAAGCACAAACACAGUCUGUUUGGAUAUUUCUUUGUAAAAGGACAAACCUUUUACCUGCAGAUUUAUUGAAACAAGUAAUUAAUUUGGUCUGGCCUCAGUAUCAAAAGAGGUAUUUAAUAUUAUAUUAAGAGUGUUGUUAAUAAUAUAUUUCUUACUACCUUUUUUCAAAACAAAGUUGUGAAUCAUAUCUCGUACAAAGUCAAUGAAGUAUUGAUAAUUUUUCAACUUCAAAGAAAUGUGUGUGCAUUACACAAAGGAAAGCAGUACAUUCAACUCAUAUACAAGCAUUUUGCAGCUCAUCUGUGAGACAGGAAGUUAUAUUGGAUUACAUAUUUAUAUUGAGUUAUGCAGUAUUUUUCUUGGAACAAUGAAAUUAAAGAAAAACCGGCCUCAAAGUGCCAAGGAUAACCACCAGAUACUGGUUAUUGAGUGUGGCCUAUAUUUACUUUAAGAAACACUGAUUUGAUUUAUGAGUUCAGACAAAAAAAAUUGUACGAGUUCAUAAGAUGCUCCAACCUUUACUAAGUCAUUUUGAGAAUACCUCAUUCAGCACCAGUUAUGUUCUCGUAAUAAUCAGAUCAUCUAGACAGAGCCCAGUUUGAACAGGUGUGCUUCAGCAUGCUUCAGUGUUGUGUUCACAGCCUCACUUAUCCAGUGUAUAAAUACCUGCCCUAAUUAGAUACCAGAUCCACAACACAUUUGUAACGUUACGACCAGUCAUAACUCUACAGAUUACCAUACACUUACGAAUGCCGUAGCACUCCGAACACGUUGUGGAUCAGAACACAGUGCCAAUAGAUUUGUUUCAUGCCCAAGUGAACAAAGCUAAAAUCAACCAGCCAAUCAGAUUACUCUAAUAAGCAGCUGAAAUCCUGGGUCAAUUAGAAAAUGGAACAGAAUAAGAUGACGCGAAACAAGGCUAUGGUAGCCGAUGGGUCCAUGGUAUUUGUCAUAAUACAAUGGGAAAAUAUACACUGGAUGAUGAAGGAGGACUGUUGUUGAUGUGACAUACUGCUGAUGUGUUCAGAUUCUCCAUAAGCUUGAGUUCUUGGUGUAAGCAAAAGGUGUAGAUUAGUGUUACAUUGUGCAAAUAUUCAGAUUGCUAGAAGCUUUAGUCAAUGCAUUAUAACAUAAGGGACUGGUCAUUUAUUUGGGGGGAUGGGAUCAGGCAAGGGUCAGCCAAAAAUAUCACAGCCGCUUUUCAGGGAAAAACAUGACAAGGGGAGUGUCCUUCAAAAUAUGGCAAGCGUAAGGGGAGGGAUGUAUUUGUGUGUUCAAUAGUUCAUCAAAAACCUGAUUCCAUUCCAUUCUUUUCCCAAUGCUCUGGUAGUAAUGACUGGUUCUUAAAUACUUGACCUGACGGUUUUUUACCAAAAUACAUUCCAUCUGAACUUUAUUGAAGCUUCAGACUUCUUUAUCAUAUAUAAUCUGGAGAAGGCAUGUGUCACUGAAUAUUUAAGAUCCCCUUACCUGAAGGGAUGCAUUCCAGGGCUCUUGGCGCCAUGAUUUUCACAAGUCAUGUUAAGGUAUCGGAGUAACUAUCUCCUGAGAGUGAAGGUCACAUAUCAGGGCCAGAAGCCAUAAGUCAGUUAGUGAGUAUGGUUUUAUGCUGUUUUUAGCACUAUCACUUUAGGGGAUACAAGGUAUGGAAGUCCUUAGAGUGAAGUUCAUUUUGCAGAACAGGGCCAAAAGCCAUGAAUGAGUGAGAGGGGGUUCCCUAAAAAUCAUCAUCACCCCCUAGCCAUAAAAGUAUGAACGGUCGCUUACAACACUGUACCCUUUAGGCAGAUCCAGAGCAUGGGUUACUGAAGACCAAUUCUAACCCGGACCUUCACAGGUCUGUAGUCAUAUGAAAACAAUCUGGGGCUCUUUACUUUAUUUUCUGUCAUGACAAUGGAGAAGUUAAACCCUGGAUGAUCAAUUAUGGGACAGUUGCUGUAGUGUACUGAAAGAUAUUUGGAGUAAAUCGAGUCAGAGUUUAAAAUGGAAUCGUUUAUUACAAAAAUAUAUUGCACUAUUAAUCAUUGACAUGUACUGCCAGAGGGUUUUGUUACUUCCAUGUGUUAUAUAAUCUAGAUAUUAUUAUUAGUGUUACAAUUAUUAUUAUUGUGAUAUCAUUUGCAGAUACAAGCUAUGCAUUGCUCAGUGCGGCAGUAUUCCUUAGCAAUAACUGUGUGAAGUGAUGUUUGUGUGCGAGAAUUACCACCGCGGUAUAAUGUAAAGUGACUGUAGAUAAGCCGAUCUCACAGUUAAUCCUAUCUUAACCCUUGAAAUCAAAAUAGUAAGCCCAGUAUAUAAACUGGACCACUAAAAUACUUACAUGUAUUUUCAGUAUAUAUUUGUGUUUUUGGCAUAUCACUGGUGGACACAGAGAAAAUGUGUGAACAGCUGAUUGCUAUUUUGCUAGUUUUUUGGGGACAAGUACUGGGCUGGAUCCAGGAUUUUGAAGAAAGGGGGGUGCACAUAAAUCAUGAAGUCCAAAGGUUAGGGGGAAAUACUCCUCAGGGAAAAAUUUUCGGAGAGGGGGUGCUCACCCCUCCUCUGGAUCCGGCCCUGAAGUACACAUGGUAGCCUUAAUCCUUGCAUAUAAUACAAACACACACAAACACACACAAACACACCACACUCUCUCGUCCCUAAUGCCUGGCACAAAAAUAAGUACCACUGAAAUGGUGAAUCACGUCUGGUGAUGUUUCAUCACAGUUCACAUCUUCAUUGACAGUCGUGUUCUCUUGUUCAUUCACCUGAUCAAUGAACGGUAUAGUUUCUGACGAAAAAUACUUUGAUCAAAGUGUAACCUUUACAUAGGCCAACCCUUUUCAGCGGAUAUGUUUUUUGGGUCCAGAAAAUUCGGCUUAUCUCCAGUUACAUUCAGUGUUUCAUUGAUGUGUAAUCAAAAAGUAUACAUUGUGUGUAUAUAUCACAGCAAUUCAGUUCACUGCUGCUAGUUAGGCUACAAAUAUGGUCCAAUGUGACUUCAAACCAAUCUUUUUGAUAGAUGACCUCAUGUGUAAGAAAGUCCUUUGUUUUCUUCCAUUUGCGGAAUUUAGAAAUAACAUUAUAUUGAUUGAUGUGAGGACUUAACAAUCAAGAAGAGAAAUAUAAGUCAAUCAGUUUAUGAAAGGGUUAAAACAUUUCUCACAUGUAAAUUUUACUGCUAAUGCAGAAAGUUAAAAAUGAAGGUGUUUUGCCAAAAUAAGUUAAUUUUCACAUUUCAUCCAAAAUGUUUAAUGUGUUACUAUUUUAAUAUAGUGUAUACUGUUUGUCAAUGGAUGUUAUUCAUGAAUACCUAAUUGUCUAAUAGACAAAGUAUACUGAACAGCAAAAGAAACGCAAGUUUCGAAAAAAUGAAAUAUCAUGAAGGUAAGCAUUCAUGUUUAUGGAACGUUCAUGGUAAAGUGACGUAAUGAUCCUAGAUG